AUGGCGACGACGGAAGCAAGCACCACUGCCGCGGGCGUCGCCGCCGACGUCGACGUCGAUGGCUUGCACGCCGCCCUCUCCAAGAUCCGGCACCACACCUCGUCCAAGCUCGACAACCAGCGCGCCCCCGCCCAGCUCCUCGUCGCCAUCGAGUCCACCCUCACCGAACAGGACUCUUCGUCCACCACGGAUACCGCGGCGGCAGCGACAGCGGCAUCCUCGAGCAGCCUCCAGGCUAGCAAGCACGCCGUCACCCAGCGCCAACCCGCCGAGUACUUUCUCGCACUCGAUAGCAUGCUCGAGUCCGCUCAGAGCAAACAGGCCCCCGCGACGCUGCUGCCCUGCAUCAUCUACCUCCUCUCCAUCGUGACGCCCUACGUCAGCGCAGGCGUCGUACGCGCCCGUCUCACCUCCAUCGUGCCCCCCAUCGGCGCCAUCCUCUCCAAGCCCCACCCCGAUACCCACGAUGCUGCCACCGCCGAAAACUACCCGGCCACCCUGCGCGCCGCACUGGGCGUGCUCCAGUCGAUCCUCUCCACCUUCGCGACCGACCCGGCACCGCUCCAGCGCGAUGCUCCCCUUCGCUCCUGCUGGGGUGCCGCACUCAACCUCUGCGCCGACACGCGGCCCAAGGUCCGUCGCCGCGCACAGGAGCUCGUCUGCGCCAUCCUGCCCACGUCGUCGGCCCACUUUGCCGCCGCCAAGCCAAAGCACCCGCUCGUCGCCCCCACCUUUGACUGGUGCAUCCUCACCCUCUCCACCGUCGCCGACGCCGGCUCCGUCGUCUCUGCCAAGUCCAAAAAGGCCAAAAAGCAGGCAGCAGCAGCAGCCACGGCACCCCAGUACGACAAGAAGUCGGGCAAGGCCAAAGAGGCCUCGGCCGCAGCGGCGCUCCGGCAGCAGCGCGUGUCCGAGGGCGACAAUGCUAGCGUCGGCAUCUGGACCUGCGGCUUCGUACGCCAGAUUGUCAACGUCCUCCCCGCCGCCUCGGUCGACCCGCUCUGCGCCGUCCUGCUCCGCCUUCCGGGGCUUCAGAAUCCCUUCCUCAGCGUCGCUGCACUCGAUGUCUUUGAGGCUAUCUUCAAAAACUGUCGCUCGCCGGCGCUCGCCAACCCAUCAGCUGCACUCCUGGCCGGGCCGGCGGCAGCGGCGUCGGCAUCGCAGACCAAUUCUUCGAUUGGAGAAAAGACGCUCGUCCACCUGAUCGGCUCGCUGCGGUCGUCCGGCGUCAAGCCCUCCACGACCGACGUCCAGCUCAUCCCGUCGUACCUCCGCGCCCUCGAGCAGGCCAUUGUGGCCUACUCGCAGUUUGACGAGGGACGGGCAGCUUGGGCCAUCGUACCCGAGGUCUGGAGCGACGUUUUUGCCAUGGCGCUCUCGACCAAGUCGGAUGCCAGCCGCACGUCGCCGCUGGUGCGCGCCGCCGGACGCGAUGCGCUCUGUGCCCUGGUGCGCUACUGUGUGCCGGACGCCGCCAUCGCCGAGGCCAUCCGUGCCCACCGCGCUGGCUCGCCCGACAAGGACGCCGACGCCUUCCUGCAGAUGAUCCAGUCGAUCGAGGACGCGCUGGGUCGCCAGUCGCUCCAGUACGUCCAGUCGCGGCCCGAGAUCCUCAGCAUCCUCACCGCCGUUCUCGGCCGCCUGCGCCACCGCUACAUGGACGAGAACGAGGCCAGCACCGGGAAGCGCCAGGCCGCGGCGGGCCCGCUCACCUUCCACCUGGUCAAGCAGGUGGCCGACCUCCGUGCGCAGCCCAACUUCGACCACCGCGAGUACGCCGACGCCGUCAUCAGCACCGCCGUCGAGGUGUGCGGGCCGCGCAUGGUGCUCGACGCGCUGCCGCUCAACCUCUUUGGCGAGAGCGGCGACGGCGGCAACGGCCGCGCGUGGCUGCUGCCGCUGAUGCGCAACAAGAUCACCAACGCCGAGCUGUCGCACUUUACCCAGUUCUUUGUGCCCCUCAGCGAGCGCCUCUUCAACAAGCGCGCCGAGGUGCAGCAGGAGCGCCCCGUCGAGGCCAAGAUGUGGGAGGCGCUCACCGAGCAGGUGUGGGCGUGUUUCCCCUCGUACUGCGACAUGCCCGUUGACCUGUUCGCAGCCUUCACGCGUCAGUUUGCCGAGCUCCUCACCAACGUCCUGUACACGCAGCCUGGUCUGCGGCCGAGCGUCUGCCGCGGCCUCCAGGCGCUCGUGGAGCGCAGCGAGGCGCUGGUCCACUCGGGCGCCGACUCGGCCACGCUCAAGCAGGCCUUUGCGCUCGACCAGGCCGACGGCAAGGCCAACGUGGCCCACCUGGCCGCGCUGGCGCCCAACCUGCUCGCCGUCCUCUUCAACGUCUUCUCGCAAUCGCCCAGCUCGUCGCGCGGCUACAUCUACGAGUGCAUCUGCACCUACCUCUCGAUCAUGAAGGACGACGACAUCGUCAGCACCUACACCAAGGUCAAGGGCACGCUCGAGCAGUCGCUGGGCUCGCUGCCGCCCAAGGGCAAGUCGACCAAGGAGGGCUCGGGCGCCAUCCCGCCCGUCCCGCACACGAUGCUCGACCUGCUCGUGGCCCUGGUGCCCUUCCUCGCCAAGGCCAACGCCGACGGUGCGGCGGACCUCUUCGGCUUCGCGUGCGAGGACCGCCUGCUCCGCAGCCACGACGCCGGCGUGCAGAAGAAGACGUACAAGAUCCUCAGCCGCCUGGUCGAGGGCUCGACGGGCCGCCAGGUGCUUCGCCUCGGCGGCAGCGGCGACGGAAGCGGCUCCGCCGGCAACCGCGUCGGCGAGCUCCUGGCGCGCCUCCGCGACAGCACCGCCGACGUGGCCUCGGGCGCCAAGCGCGACCGCAUCCUGCUGCUUGCCACGCUCGUGCCCAACAUCCCCGCCGACCAGCUCCACUUCCUGCCCGCGAUCAUCCCCGAGGCCGUGCUGGCCACCAAGGAGUCGAACCAGGCCACGCGCGACCAUGCCUACGAGCUUCUGGUCCAGAUGGGCCACAAGAUGGCCGCUGGCGGAACCAUCAACCGCGGCCUCGUUGCCGGCACCGCCGCGGCCGCCGCUGCUGCUGCCGACGACGACGAGAUGGAGGACCCGUCGGCCGCCGCGGCUGCCGCCGGCACCGUCGUCGAGGCGAGCGUCGGCGAGUACCUGACCAUGGUGGCUGCGGGCAUGGCCGGCGCGACGCCGCACAUGAUCAGCGCGUCGAUCACGGCCAUCUCGCGCCUUGUGUACGAGUUCAAGGAGGAGCUGCCGGCCGACAUGCUCGACGAGAUGCUGUCGACGGUCGAGGUGUUCCUGCAGAGCGCCAACCGCGAGAUUGUCAAGGGCGCGCUGGGCUUUGUCAAGGUGGCCAUCGUCGACUACCCGUCGUCGCUGCUCGACCGGCACCUGGCCGCGCUGAUCCCGGCGCUCAUGGGCUGGAGCUCAGAGCACACGAUGCACUUCAAGCCCAAGAUCCGCCACAUGUUUGAGCGCCUGCUGCGCCGCUUCGGCUACGACCGCAUCCACGAUCUGUGCCCCGAGGAGAACCGCAAGGUGAUUGUCAACAUCCGCAAGCGCAAGGAGCGCGCCAAGCGCCAGAAGAACCAGGACGGCGAAGGCGGCGGCGACGCUGCCAUGUCCGACGACGACGGCGCCGCCGCCGGCCCGCGUGCACCCAAGCGCUCGACGGGCAACGAUGCGUUCGAGGAGGUCAUCUAUGGCAGCGAGAGCGAGCUCUCCGACGACGACGAUGACGACGACGUCGAUGGCGAGGGCGAGGGCAAGGGCAAGGGCGCCGCGGCCAGGCUGCAAAAGGGCGGCGCUGGCAAGAAGGGCGCCGAGGUCGGCGGCGGCGGCCGCAAGGCGAGGAACCGACGGCAGCACGAGGACCAGGCGUACAUCAUGGAGGACGACGACGAGCCCAUGGACCUGCUGGACCGCUCGGCGGCGGUGCGCAUCACGGCGGGCAACCCCAACGCCAAGGCGGACCGACGCCGCAAGCCGGGCCAGGACGCGCGGCGGUUCGGCCUCGACGAGGCGACUGGCCGCAUGGUCAUCAACGCGUCCGACGACGAGGGCGGCGGCGCUGCCCCCUCGGCCGCUCAGAUGCUCGCCGCUGCCGACGGCGAGGGCGACGGCGACGUCGACGUGGUGGGUGCCGGACGCGCCUACCUGGAAAAGGACCGCGGGCGCGACGGCUUCACGCUCUCGCGCGGCGGGGCGGUCAAGUUUAACAAGAACAACAAGCGUUCGCGCGAGCAGGAGCGCGAGAUGGACGAGGCGCAGAUGGCCGCCGAGGAUGCUGCCGAAGCCGCUGCGCGCGGUGGCGGCGCAGCAAAGGAGGGCAGCGGCGCGGGCGGCGACAAGGGCAAUGCGAGCAAGAAGCGGAGGAGGGAAAAGGAGCGCAUCGGCGGCGAGUUCCGCGCGCGCAAGGCCGAGGGCGACGUCAUGAAGAACGGAAAGAGCCCCUACGCCUACGUGCCCCUGUCGCAGGUGGCCGGCAAAAAGUCCAAGGGCAAGGGGCAGGAGAUUGGCUUCACCACUGGUAAGCGCAACAAGCGCAGGUGA